AUGGCUCCAACAAUCUACGACGUCCUCAUUCUCGGCGGCGGCCCGGCCGGCCUCUCCGUCGCCCUAGGCCUCUCGCGCCAGCUGCGCACCUGCGUCGUCUUCGACUCGCAAAUAUACCGCAAUGCGCCCACCUCCCACAUGCACAACUUCCCGACCUGGGACCACCGCGACCCGGAGGAUUUCCGCGACGCCACGCGACGCAACAUUCUCUCACGGUACAAGACGGCCCGAUUCGAGACCCGCAAGGUAGUCGAGGUGAAGCGUGCUGCCGAUGCUGGCGAGGGCAAGUCCGAGGCUCUGUUCAAGGCCAGCGACGACAAGGGCGAGGAGUGGUGGGGCCGCAAAGUCGUGCUUGCAACAGGCGUGCGCGACGUGUUUCCAGCCGGCAUUCAGGGGUACGGCGAUGUAUGGGGCAAGGCAGUCUUCCACUGCCUGUUUUGCCACGGCUACGAGGAAUCCGGGGCGCCGUCGGCCGGCGUGUUCGCCGAUGCGGAGUCGAUGUUAGCAAAGCCGCAAGGCGCGCUGCACGGGCUGCGCAUGGCUGCCGGACUGGCGGGCCGCGUGACGCUGUAUACGAACGGACAUGCGGCGACGACGGCCGCGAUGGAGGAGUUCUUUGGGCCGCGCAAUGUUGUGGUCGAGGCGCGGCGGAUGGUAGGCAUGGCGUACCACCCCGAGACGCCGGACGAGCGGUUACAUGUCACUUUUGAGGAUGGCGAGGUGCAGAAGAUGGGGUUUAUGAUGCAUGCGCCGAAGACGGAGGUUGUGGGUCCGUGGGUGGAUAUGCUAGGGCUGGAGUUGACGGAGAUGGGGGUAGUGAAGACGAACGCGCCGUUCUAUGAGACGACUGUGAAGGGGGUAUUUGCUGUGGGUGAUAUAGCGACGCCGAUGAAGAGUGUGGGCCAAGCAGUUGCUAUGGCUGGGUUUGCGGCCGCAGGGAUUGUUGGGCAGUUAGGUGCUGAGUUUGAGGGGUUGCAUGACUAG